AAGCGCAUCCAAGAUUCGACUGAAAGCUGGAAAGCCACGGCAGGGCAGCGUUGAGGACGGUUGCAAAAUUAUGAUCGAUAUCAAAAGCUCGCCCGAUUAUCUGAAUCGGUCCUCCGGUGGAUCAUUCGGUAACUUUUCAAUGUUAUUUGCUGAUUCUUCGUACAAAUCAUCAUGGGGCUCCCACAGCUCGUCCCAGAGUCAAGAUCCAUAUCAGAUGUUUGGUCCUACUAGCAGUCGGUUAGCGAGUUCUGGUUCCGGACAGAUACAGUUAUGGCAGUUUCUGCUCGAGCUGCUCAGCGAUUCUACCAACGCCACCUGCAUCACCUGGGAGGGUACGAACGGUGAGUUUAAGCUGACCGAUCCGGACGAGGUAGCCCGGCGCUGGGGUGAGCGAAAAUCCAAACCCAACAUGAACUACGACAAACUCAGCCGAGCAUUAAGAUAUUACUACGAUAAGAACAUUAUGACGAAGGUGCACGGCAAGCGUUACGCCUACAAGUUCGACUUCCAGGGUUUGGCGGCCGCGACCCAGCCCCAGACGGAUCCGACCUACAAGUACCAGAGCGACCUGUUCAUGUCGCCGUACCAUCACGGGGCCAAGCUGAGCUCGUUCAUGAGCCCCCACCACAGCAUGACGUCAUCUUCCGCCUCCAUCUUUCCGUCGGCCGCCUCGUGGGGUAACUGGGGCAGCCCGGCAACGAACCUUUACCCGUCGCACACGAUGAGCCACGUGACGCCAUCGCACGUCGCGCCCCAUCUGGGCUCGUAUCCGCACUACGCAUGACCAACGCCCACGACCACGUCCUCCAGCCACCAUCAUCACCAUCACGCCCAGGUCGACAACUUCGAUCUGUACAAGAAGCUGACACCGUACGAAUAAUAGCAUCCGCUAAUCCCGCAGCAGCAGCAGCACCAUCACCACCAUCAUCAUUACCAGCAGCAACAGCAACAGCAUUCGCA